AUGAAAACCGUUAAUAUUAAUGAUGUCUCUCUUUCACUUUUUUUAUUAGAUUUUACUCGGGCUUUGCUUCCUUUUAUCUCUGGAUAUGAAGAUGAUAUUAGACCAUUACUGGACUCAGUUAAUGAAACUUUUGAAUCGUUUAAAUUUUCAGAUGGAUUACUAGAAAAUUUGUUUACUCUUAAUUUCUUUCUAAUAUUUAAAUUAUUUAAAGAUUGA